AUAUUGCACAACUUUUCGAAACUUGUCCAUCUUCGCUACCUAAGGAUCAAGGUGUUGUAUUCGUACCACUGCCAUCUUUCACCAAGUUCUUUGCUUAGAUUGUAUCAUUUAGAGGUGAUUGAUAUACAAAGUAUGAAUUCUCGUCGUGUUAGUUCAACAAGAAAUAUGAGCAACCUUGUAAAAUUGCGUCAUUUUCUUGUCUCGGAAGACGAGCUUACACUUCAUUCUGAUAUUCAUGGGGUGGGAAAACUGAAAUUCCUCCAGGAAUUAAGGAAAUUUACAGUGGGAAAGGAGAGUGAGGGUUUUGAGCUGCGUCAGCUCGGGCCAUUGAAAGAGAUAGGAUUACUUGGCAUUUAUAAUCUUGAAAAUGUGCAAAAAAAAGAGGAAGCAAAAGAAGCAAAACUGUUACAGAAGAACUACUUAAGAGAACUCAUAUUAGAAUGGGAUGUCAAGCGAUCCAAUAAAGAUUCUGUAAAAGAAGAAAAUGUUCUUGCAAGUCUUAUACCACAUAGCAAUCUUCAAAAGUUGUGCAUUAGAGGGCAUGGGGGCCCUAACUGCCCAGCAUGGCUAUGUGAGAAUCUCUCGGUUAAAUGUUUGAAAUCUCUUUGUCUAGAUGGCAUAUCCUGGAAAAACCUUCCACCUCUAGGAGAGAUGUGGAUGGCUAAUGGGCUUGGAGGAGAGUAUCAGGCUUGUAGUGUCUCAUCUUCAAUCUUUCUUAAUUUGAAAAGUUUAGAAUUAAGGAACAUAUCUAGUUUGAAAAAAUGGGUGGGGAGUGGAACUUGUCCUUUAUUUUCUCACUUGGAAGUGCUCGGAAUUGUAGAUUGCUCUGAACUCAUCGAGUUGCCAUUUUCACACCCUCCUACUUGCUGUCAAGCACAGCGGGAGGAGAAAAUAAGCUGGUUUCCUAAACUACGGGAGCUUGGUAUUGUAGACUGCCCGAAACUAGUGUCGUUCCCUCCUAUCCCUUGGCGGACUAGUGCUCUUUGCUCUGCUUACAUAGCAAGAGUUGGAUCGUGUUUUGAAGAGCUGAUUUACUCGAGACAUGAAUUGGAAUUAAAUCUGGAGAUUGAGGGAAGAGGUGGCCAGGGUGAUGUGUUCUGGAGUGGGUUGAAUUUCUCUAAUCUAACUGAUCUAGAAGAGUUGUGUAUGAAAAAUAUCCCUUUCCUUCCAUUGGAACACCUCCGAGUGCUAACAUCUCUGAAGAAGAUCGAGAUUAAUGAUGCAAGCAGUUUCUUGGUGCCCGUCGAAGGUGCCGAUGAUGGCAUAUACCGGUUUCCAGUUGAAGACCUAGAGAUUACCGGGUGCGAUGUUAGUGGGAAAGAAUUGACAGUGCUGCUCUCUUUCCUUCCCAACCUCUCAAAAUUGAGAAUAUCUAGCUGUGACAGUAUAACUGGGUUGGAUGUGGCGGAGGGUGCGGAAACUGUUUCUGAAGAGCAGCAGGAGCAAGAGACAAGAGUCGGGGAGGAGGAAAUAAUAUCAGCAGCGGCAGCAGAAGGCCUGCUGCUCUUGCCUCCUCAGCUACAGGAGUUGGAGAUCAUAUAUUGCGCAAACAUGAUCUUGCGCUCCAAUCCACUUCACGACAAGGACCAGAAAUCAGAAGACCUGGAAGAAGGAAGUGGAGGGGGACUCCAGCGUCUCCGCUCCCUCCGUGUGUUGGAUGUAUCCUACUGCCCCAAGUUCCUCUCCUGCUAUUCUUCCUCCUCUGCUUUCCCUUUCCCGACCUGCCUGCAACACCUCACCCUAAGUGGCGCGAUCUACAUGGAGACCCUGCAACCCCUCUCAAACCUCAGCUCUCUCACGGAGUGUCAGUUAUUAUUUGAAUUGAGGGGUUUAGAUGGUUUGUGGCCUCUCCUCAGCCACGGUCGACUCACAAAAUUAGCAAUCGAUUCUUACUCCGGGUUCGUUUUCUUCUUUGCAUCGGAUCCCUCGAUCCUUACUCCACUUUCCAGGAACCCUCUUUAUUUGUGGACGGGGAGCAACACAGGAUUCCUUGUUGCGCCCAUCUGCAGCCUCCUCUCUUCCACCCUCACCAAAUUGUACCUCAGUUUGGAUCAGGAGAUGGAGCGCUUUACAAAGGAGCAAGAGGAGGCCCUCCAGCUCCUCACCUCCCUCGAGGAGCUGGAAUUUUCAGCCUUGAAAAACGAGCGGCACUACCUCUGGAAGGUGCAGUGCCUCCCUGCAGGGCUAGACAAGCUUAUCAACAUCAAGAGACUAACGAUCAAUCAGUGUUCAUCCAUCCGGUCGCUGCCCAGCCUUCCGAGCUCUCUGCAGGAAUUAGUGAUUUACGACUGUUAUGCACUCCAGUCGCUGCCAAACAGCCUCCCGAGUUCUCUGGAAAUAUUGAACAUCUACAGCUGUAAAGCCAUCAAGUCGCUGCCAGAGAGCCUCCCGAGUUCUCUGAAAAUACUGAAGAUCUCCGGCUGUAGGGCCAUCAAGUCGCUGCCCAAGGAUGGCCUUCCAAGUUCAAUGCUAGAGUUAGAUGUCAGCUUUAACGCGAACAGUGAAGAGCUAAGAAGGGAGUGCUGCAAGCUAAAAGGAACCAUUCCGAUAGUCAAAGUCUGACCAAUUAAUCCA